UUACAUACACCCGUGGCCAGAGAACUCAGAUGUACCAUUUCGGGCGUAGUUCUUCCUUUUUUUUUUUCUUUUUUAGGGAACGUUUAAAGCCUGACUUCCCGGACACUGUGAACCACCUGUGAAAUGGUACAGAAGCUAGCGUCCAUGCUUUCGCUCUAGUGAAGCUGACUAAAACGAGCAAAAAACGUACUUCUUUCUCUUUACGUGGGCUGGAAACAAAACUGAGGCUCGAGGAACGCGUCCGAGAAAAACGCUCUUUCAAAAGGAGGCGAGGACUGCCAACAGAGCGCGCUAGGCACACAAGGAAAGUCGCCUGUUCCGACAAAAUUCGACACGGGUGCAGCGCACGUUCCUGCGCUAAAACACGCAGCGGUAUAUAAGGCCUCCCUUCUGGCCGUCGACCACUGAGUUUUACCUUGCUCGGUGUGCUGUGGAUAUCCUAACGUUUCUCCUGGCUCCUCUGCCCUGAGAACUUCUCCAAGAUGUGCCAAUCAACUUGCACGGGCAUGUUCACGGCCGUUCUGCUCAUCCUUUCAUUUGCCUCUGCCCACGACGUUGCUGAGGAACUCAGGAUGAAACGCCAGACGUACUCCCUCCCACACGGCUCCGAGCUGCUUCUCGAACCGCUGAGGACGAGGUUCACCUGCCGCCACGACGGCUACUUUGCAGACGUGGAUAACAACUGCAGGGUUUACCACAUCUGCACUCGAUCCGCCGAGACGCGACAGCUGCAGCGAUUCAGCUUCCUGUGCGGCAACUUGACCAUGUUCAACCAGCUGACGCUGACGUGCUCGCGACCCGAGGACUCGGUGCCAUGCCGGAACGCCCCCGUCUUCUACUACGUCAACGACAACAUCGGCUACCAAGACACGCCCUUCCUAUACGACGAUGACGUCAGUAAUGCCGACCAGUUCAUUCACGAAAACAGGCUGCUCGAAUCCAUCCCGGCUGCCAAGCGGCGGUUCUAAAGCCAGCGGCCCGAGUGACUAUCCGCGCGUGAUGCUAUAGGUGCGGUGCUGUCUCCGGGAUGCCGUCUUCGCUAGCACCUGAUCGGCGGCGUUCGGAAAACGCGGCCGUGCUGGUGUCCAUUUCGAAGAGAAACAUGGACCGCAGUGUGCCCACGCUGCCGCUUACCCAAUUAAGGGUAACGCUGCUAAGCGAACUCCACUGUAUGUGUGGGCAUAAGCAGCUCCAAGAACACGCAGCUUAUGUCAGACGACGUUAUACAACAAAGUAACGAAUGUGCAUAACGAUGCGAAGCAUACGAGUACAUUGUCGCUUCGAUUUUCUGUACAUCACAUCGAUGAUAGAAACAAGCAAUGAUACGCGUGCCCCGCUGUAGGCAGCAGUUCCCAAUGCGUGGAGCUUCGCCUGCUACGCAUCGUCUAAUGUGAUAAAUCAAUAAAAGAAGAAGAAACACUGAAGUGGGCCUGUAAAAUCAUUACUCCUGCUACAUCUUCAGGUCACUGCCACGUGCGCGCAUCUUCGUAUAACGUGCCAACGCUUUGUUUUCCUCAUGUAUACUCAAGCUCGUACGACGGCUAAACAAGACCACGCUUACUUCUGAAAAGGACAAAGCCGCAGCGCACAUGACAGGCACUGUGUCUUUGUCUCGAAUGCGCUGUGAUAUUUGCUUCGUUAUGAAUCAACGGCCUAAGAAAACGUUUUUGCUGACCUCUGAGCAACCUAGACAAC